UAAAGCGGUCCAGCUCUCGUGACGUCCGCAGGGGGCGUGGCCUCUGCCCCCCGGGCGAACAGCCAGCUGUUGCGAAGGAAGCAGCCGGACAUUGGACCGGACUCCCCGCUGCUGCGUGUCAGAUGAUGAGGUGACCUGACCACAGCCAUGGAGGACCUAUGCAGUGUGGCAGCGGCCAUUUUCCAGCUGUGGAUGUUUGUGGUGGUGUUCUUCAUCACGCUCCCCGCCAUGUUCGGCCUUUCUCUGGGCGUCACGGGCCUCUACAUCCAGCUUCUGGUCCAAAUCCUGGAGUGGGCCACAGUCCGGAUCCAGAGGGGACGGCAGGACCAUCCCAGCCCAGCUGUUCCUCUGCAGACAGGGAUCAUAGAGCGAGCGGGGGGGUCAAUGGAGGAGCAGAUGGGGCCGCUCCGCUGCUCUCAGCCCUCGGCGACGGGGGAAUUCUGUCUGAGCGAUGCUAUGUAUUUCUGCAAGAAGGGUCUGGAGAGCAUUGUGGAUGACCAGGUGACGCAGCGGUUCUCCUCUGAGGAGCUGGCCUCCUGGAACCUCCUGACCCGCACCAACCAGAACUUCUACUACAUCAGCCUCCGCCUCACCAUCAUCUGGGGCCUGGGAGUCUUUGUGCGAUACUGCAUCCUCUUCCCCCUCAGGAUUGCUCUGGCUGCUAUCGGCCUCUCCUGGCUCGUUGUGGGAACAUCUGUGGUUGGAUUUCUGCCAGAGAGCAGAGCAAAGAACUGGCUGAGUGAGCUGGUCCACCUCACCUGCUACCGGAUCUGUGCCAGAGGACUCUCUGCUACCGUCCACUACCACAACAAAGAAAACAGACCUCAGAAAGGAGGAAUAUGUGUUGCAAACCACACCACGCCCAUCGAUGUGGUGAUUCUGGCCAACGACGGAUGCUACGCCAUGGUGGGGCAGAUCCAUGGAGGUCUGCUGGGCGUCAUUCAGAGGUCCAUGGUGAGGUCCUGCCCCCACGUCUGGUUCGAGAGGUCAGAGAUGAAAGACCGGCACACUGUGACCAGCAGGCUAAGAGAUCACAUUGCAGCAAAGACCAAACUUCCCAUCCUCAUAUUUCCUGAAGGAACGUGUGUCAACAACACCUCUGUCAUGAUGUUCAAAAAGGGAAGCUUUGAAAUCGGAGGAACGAUUUAUCCUGUUGCCAUUAAGUACGACCCUCGAUUCGGAGAUGCUUUCUGGAACAGCAGUAAAUACAACAUGGUCAGCUACCUACUGCGCAUGAUGACCAGCUGGGCCAUAGUGGUCAAUGUGUGGUAUCUUCCUCCUAUGACCAUACAGGAUGGAGAGGAUGCAGCUCAGUUUGCCAACAGAGUCAAAUCUGCUAUUGCUCAUCAAGGAGGCCUGCUGGACCUUGCAUGGGAUGGAGGAUUGAAGAGAGGGAAGGUGAAGGAUUCAUUUAAAGAGGAGCAGCAGAAGAUGUACAGCAGCAUCAUAGUGGGACAGAACGGCAUGGCCGCCCCAGAACCAAGUAUUCAGAGCGAAGCCGAUCCACAAUGAUCUUCCUGUGAGGAACUUAGUUCAGCUUUCGCUUAGAACGGCCCCGCUUUCUGGAUUAAAUCAACCUUUUAUCUUCAUAGAGAGCUUCAUGCAGUACUAUCCAUCCACCAGCAGGGAGCACUGUGUUAUAACAUUUCUCUCUGUUUUGCUCCCUGGACUGGCAGGGAUAUAUGUGUCUGUUAUUGAUAGGGUCACCACAGCAAUGGUGUUGGAUGUGGUGAGAAUCUUGUUUUUAUGGAGCUUUAGAAACGGGAUAGAAAAUAAUAAAUCUGGUUUCUGAGACGAUCAAGGAGCUCAAAGCUGCCCUUAUAUGGAGAAAGGUUUGGAGUUACAUUUCGGACCAAGUGGAGCUUCAUGCAGUUUAAGCGGAACCCCCCCGAACACAGGAAAACUGACCCGGUUCAUCAUGAGGACUGAAGCAGUUCGCCUGUGUUCUGCCUGUAGAUCCGGUUUGGUUGGUUUCCUCAGGAAUCAGACCAAGCUGCACAAAUUUAUGAUGACAUUUAAACACACAUUCAGUCUUUUCUAAGCUCAA